AUGGACAUUCCUCUCGGUUUCGGGAUGCACGAAAGAGAGGAAAUCAAGAAAAUGCAAGCUAGGGAACAAGGACAGCUGGCCAGGGAGAGAGAGCUAGACCGCAGAUAUUGGGACCCUUCGCCGUCUAUACCCCAAACAUGCGACUCGCAAAAGGUUGUCGAUCUUCUCAAUGAGUUCUGCAAUCUAUUGAUAUCAAUGGCUGUUGUACCAUUGGAUGCCAUCAAAUACUAUUCGGAACAGGAACCACUGGAGAAGGCCCAAAACAGCGGAGACGGCGUGGAUUUGGUUUUACCAGAAUUUGUCUAUGAUCCCUCACGAAUAGAACAAGCGAUUCGGCAGAGCUCAGAAGGAGCCAGUGUCGAAUAUGAUAGGCGCAAGGGAUAUGCCAGAAAUUGCCUUAAGACAAUCAGAUCACAUCUGCGCCGAGAAGCAAUAUACGUAAACGCGCUGAAGAGACGACGUCUGAGAUAA